AUAAGGCUCGGCGCGCGGUUCUCUCUGCGCUGGAGGAGCUCGAGGCUGAGGGCUGCCGCGGAGCAGGGAGCGACCGGGACGCUGGGCCGCGGGCGCCUCAGCGAUGUUUUACUCAGGGCUCCUCACCGAGGGCGGCCGCAAGGAGACGGACAUGCGGGAGGCGGCGUCGCUGCGGCAGCAGCGCCGGAUGAAGCAGGCCGUGCAGUUCAUCCACAAGGACUCCGCCGACCUGCUGCCUCUGGACGGCCUCAAGAAGCUGGGCUCGUCCAAGGACACGCAACCUCAUAACAUUCUGCAGAGGCGCCUCAUGGAAACCAACCUGUCUAAGCUCCGAAGCAGUCGUGUCCCAUGGGCCUCCAAGACCAACAAGCACAAUCAGGCUAAGUCUGAGGGACUAAAGAAGUCUGAGGAUGAUGACAUGAUUUUGGUUUCUUGCCAGUGUGCUGGAAAGGAUGUGAAAGCCCUGGUUGAUACAGGUUGUCAGUAUAAUCUCAUCUCUUCAGCCUGUGUGGACAGACUGGGACUCAAGGAGCAUGUCAGAUCUCACAAGCAUGAAGGAGAGAAGCUUUCUCUACCUCGGCAUCUGAAAGUAGUGGGCCAGAUUGAGCACCUGGUGAUCACACUUGGCUCCCUCUGCCUGGACUGCCCAGCAGCUGUGGUUGAGGACAAUGAGAAAAACUUAUCCCUUGGUCUCCAGACUCUCCGAUCCCUGAAGUGCAUCAUAAACUUGGAUAAGCACCGGCUGGUCAUGGGGAAGACAGACAAGGAAGAAAUCCCUUUUGUGGAGAAAGUUUCCUUGAAUGAAGACAACACCUUCAUCACACCUUUCCUGGACUUACAUCCUAACCAGCAAAUCCCAGCCACCAAAACCAGAGAGAGGAAUUCAGUCCUGGCAUUGCUUUUAUUGGAACUAGAGUAGCCUCCCAAUUUAUAAUUAAUACAGAGAGCCUAGGUCUUCAGGGAAGCUACAUACUCCAGCCUUGACAUAACCAAAUCAUGCCAGUUGCCUUGAACAGGGGAAAUAGGUUGGGAAGAGGAAAUAUGGUUGAUCUAGUAGAGAUACUUGUUUGCCAGAGGAGAGACUUGGAGGGCAAAUGGAGUAGGGACACAUAAUAUUCUAUACUGUGAGCCUAGAUAACAGGAAUUUAACUUUGCUUUCAUCAUUUGGUGAACUAAUGUGGGAUACUGUGGGCCUCUCUUUUGAAAUGACAGCCUCCUUAGAUAUACUGAAUAACCUUUUACUUGGGUGGCUGCUGCAAUUGUUCUCAUCUUACUCAUUUUUUUAAAUGGAUAAGGAUACAUGAAUUUCAUCGGUGCUGGGCCUGGCCAUAUGAAGCAGCAAUUACUCUGUUUUGAAAAUUUUUUAGAAACUGUCCACCACAUAUCUGAGUUCGUAUUUUCUCUGUGGUAUAUAGGAACAAGUUGGGGGACAAAAAGUACAUUAAAGUGAACAGGUUUCAUAAAGACCAAUUAGAGACCACAGGGGUACGUGAAGGAAGCCUGUUCUAAGGUCUGAGGAAAUCAGCCAAAGAGGAGGAUCUAGAUGAGUAUAUCCCCUAACCUGAGUAGAAUACCAGAAAUAGUAAAGCUCAGUAUCAGCAGGUAAAGAGUGAGGGGAGGGGCAGGAACAUAAUAACAAAGGGAAGGAAAAACAGGGUGGACAUCCCACCAUCAACCUAAGUUGACUCCACCACUGGGAUUCAGAUCUGUCUGUGUACCAGAAGCCUGGAGGGUGGGCCAGUCAGAGCCUAUGUGUUUGAGGGUCUGAGAAGCAUCCUGGGAAGAGCAAGCCAGUUAUACAUGUCUGACUCCUUAACAGAAUGCUUGUUAACAACAUCUUAUUAAAAAUGGUGACCUGGACCUAUAUGGUCCUCAUUUAGUUUCUAAUUGGGUGGGAAGUCAUAAUAUUAAACUAGUACAUUUAAGUAUAUAUAUGCCUACUUCCUAUCACAAUUUGCCUUUGUUCUCUAGCCAAUGUUAAACAAAGAGGAGAACUGUUUGGUUAAAUACAACUUUUAUGGAGCAUAAUGAACAUGUAAUUGUGUGACUGGAACACAUUACUUUUAAAUUAUUUUUAUUGUUUUAAACUUUACAGAAUGUAAAAUGUACAAUUAUAACUAAAAAAAAAAAAUGCUGGCCUGGAAAAACAGCUUCCUCCUGAAACCCAAUGAAUAUGACAGUAAAGGGAUGUUAAAUGAUAUAAACCAAUGAGGACAAAUAAAUGGGAGAAAAGGUAACAGUGCCCGAGCAAUGCCAACAAACUCUUUGAAUCUGGAAAGUAAAAGACAAGCAACAACUGAUGAAGCAGACCAGAGAAAGAAGAAACCUAAGGUGGGGAUAGGGACAGUAAUAGUAAAAAAAAGGCAAGCAAAUGUGUAUUACAAAACCCUAGAAAAGACAAGAACUGGAGACAUCAGUUAUAUGAAAAGCGAGUAGUAGGGGUCGAGGGCUAAAAACAAGGUGAAUAUUUGAAAGGCUAUAAAAUAAGUUAGACCUGAGAUCCUUACCCCUUAUUCAUUUAUUAGUUCAUUUGUUCAUUCCCUGGAGAAGCUGAACUAGUUGGAGCUACCAAGAACAAGGGAGCUGAGAGGAGGCAUCCUACUGAAAAUGGGUAUUUAAGGUUUAGCAUUCUGAAGUGUCAGACAUCUCUUUCCCUGGCUUGGAUCCCAGACCCUGAAAAUGUGCCUGUUCUCUUAAGACAAUGCUUUUACUACAGCCCUCUUUAAGAUGGCUUUUUCUCCCACAGUCUUAUUACUGGUCCUAGAGAUGGGCUGGAUGCUUCAUUCCUCAUUGCUUCCAGACAUUUCUCCAUCUAUCUUCCCGUAAAACUCCCCAGCUUUGAGUCUCAUGUCAUUACUUGAAUCACUUAUUCCUUUCAUUGUUAUCAUCUACGAAACCUCAACCCCUGGGUUAUUUACUAGUUUCUCAAUAAGUUUAGCUCUUGGCUCAUUUCAUUCCCCUCAACGCUACUCCUGAUUUAAUUCUUGUUGGUUAUAUGUGGAUGAUCCUUUCAAUACCCUGACAUAUAGUUUCCUUGGAUAACAGUCUUCCACUGAUUUUAUCCUCUACCAUUCGGUCCCUGGUCAUACCUUAGAGCUUGCUAUUUGUUACAAAAAAACUGUAACCCUUCCAUAGUCUCAAGCUCAUGUAUCCUGCCGUCUGACCACCUCUUUCUGUCAUCCAGCCACCUUUCAUUGUCCUUAACCUGUGUGCUUCUUUCUUUUAUAACCAACUUAAAUCUCAGAGUCAAUCAUUAUAAUGACUCCUUUGCAUAUACUUUUAACUCAGUUUACCCUUUUUUGUCACACUCAACUUUAGCUAAAGCCAGUUCUUUGCUACUCUGCCUACACCUGUACAGCAACCAUAUUGACUGGUCUCACUUUCAAUUCACGUCCAUAAUGUUCAGGCCCUUAAGGCCGCCCAGCAAUCCUAUUUGUUGGCAUUCAUCUUCCUAUUCUAGAUCAGGGGUUGAAAACGUUUUUCUAUAAAGGGCCAGUUAGUAAGUAUUUUAGGCUUUGCAGGUCAUACAGUCUUUCACAACUACUCCACUCUGCCAUUGUAGCAGGAAAGUAGCCAUAGGCAAUAUGUAAACUAAAUGUGAAAUUUAUGUAAUUUUACAUAUCACAAUAGAAUAUUCAUCUUGAGAUUUUUUUUCCCAUUUAAAAGUAUAAAAAUAAUCUUUAGAUUGCAGUCUACAAAAACAGGAUUUUCCCACAGGCUAUGGUUUGCUAGGCUAUGUCCUAAGUUAUUUCACACCUUUCCUCAGAUCACUAACACCUUCUUCCUCAUUCUUAUUCUCAGAUGAUAACCUUGCUUGCUACUUCAUUCAUGAAAUAAUCCGAACAUUCACCACUCCUAACACACCUUACCCUCUCACUGGCAUCUGUGCAGAUUCACCUUUCUCUUAUCUUACUGUAGUGUUACCAUAGCAGGGUACCUAUAUACCGUAUAACUUACUGUUUGUUUAUAGUGUCUCCCUGUUUAGAAUCUUAGUUCCAAGAUGGUAGAAGGUUCUGUGUUUUAAUACACUGAUGAAUAUCCAGUACCUAGAACAGUGCCUAACACAUAAGUAUCUAACAAAUACUUGAAUGAACACUGGCUACCAGACCAGUUGGCAGGAAUUUAGAGAAUUUUUCUCCAGAGAAACUUACCUCUCCUUUCAAGAUUAAAAAAACUUCCUAUGUUGACACUUGGAGAUCUCAUUUUACAGGACUGAACGAGUACAUAAUGUGAAUAUAUAUAUGGUUGUGUGUAUGAAACCAAAGUUUCAAAAAAUAAUUUCCUUUUUAUGUAUGAUGUAUUCUGAUACAAUGUCUUGUCAUUUGGAGGGAAAAAAAAGUUGGUUGCAACUGAUUACACUGAUGUACAAACCACUAAUGGGUUUGCAACCAGAAGUUUGAAAAAUACUGCAGUGUGUCCCAAUAGCCCUAUGUACACAGAGCCUCCAAUCAACUUUCUACAUAUGGGUAAGAUUUAAAUGUCUUAAAUCCAGACAUUUAAGAAAAGCUUCUAACACAAAAGACAGUAACAAAGACUGAAAAAUUCAACACAGAUAAUUCAAGAAACAGAACAUUAGAAAUAUCUCAGAGAAAUAAUACAUUGCAUCUUCUAGAUGGAACAGAAUACUCACAAGAAAGUGCUAAUAAACUUAAAUGUAAAAACACAACAGAAGAGUUGGAACAUGGAAAUCUUUCAGAAAAACAGAGGCAGAAAUGAUAAAGUAUCCUAGGACAAAAGCUGUGUAGGCUUGAAGAACCACCAGUCCAGAGUGAAGGAAGGUGACAGACUCUCCUGGAGGGUUGUCUCAAAUUAAAAUACAAAUUUUAGGCAACCUGAUGUGUCUGAAUGCAUUGAGAGUAGAGUUUGGGAUAAUUAAUUACUUCAAUGCUAGCCACUUAUGAAAGCAUGGGAAAGAGGCAAUGGCUAGCUUCAAUCAAAAAAAGGAAAUAAAAUAUUAAUUGGACCAACUAUAAUAUAUAAUCAUAAUAUAAUUAAUAGUGAUUUACUUAGGUAAGAUGAUAUAGUGAAGGAUGGAAGAUAGAGAAAAAAUACACGUGUUUAUGAAAGGGCACUGGAGUAUAAUAGUUUAUUUCCUAUAGCAAGAAGUAAAAUAAUAGGCCAAACUGAAAAAUCCAGAGCUGGUAGUAUAAGCAAGUUAUUAAGAAAUCUGGAGAUAAAUCCCAGAAGAGAUAGCUAAAAGAUAAAAGAAGUUAUCUCUGGAGAGUAGAAAUGAAGAGUGUUUAAAACUAGGGCAGGGUCUGCUGUGAAAUACUAUGUGAUUUAUUAAAAAUGUACUAUUAUUGGUUAAAAAAAAACAACAAAUAAUGCAGUACUUCAUUUAUAUGAAAAUCUUCGUGGUCAGUAGGACUGAUUUCUUUAAGACACUGGGAAACUAAAAAUUCUCCCUGCUUUGGUACUAAACCUUGUGUUGCUUUGUUUUUUUUUUAGGAAUAAGUUGUCUGCAUUAGGGUUACCAGCACUUCUAAGAACAGAUAUUUUGGCUCCAUUCAUUAUUGUUAUGGUAGGGACUAGCAAGUGAUAGUAUGGCACACUUACAUGGCUUUUCAGGCAGCAGAGGGCAGAAAAUCUUACUAAAGGGGGCCCAGUAGGAGGGAACAUCCUGGUGAUACAUAUGGUAACGGAGAGGGCUCACAUAAGACACUCCCAGGUAUGCUAAGAAAUAACUGGAAGAACAUCUGAGGGUGGGGGGCCAUAACCAUUAGAGGCACAGUCCAAGAAAAUCAUCAUCACUGAUGAUGUGUAUGACUCCUUUUGUUCUAGACUGGUGUGGACUGGAAAAGUGCUGGGUAAUCAGAGACGAUAGAAUGGAGAAAUAAGAAAAGGGCACCCAGAGAAUUAUUUGAUCACUGGAUGAGAAGGAGGUGAGGGGGCUGAGACAGAGCGGCCUAUUAGAACAAAUUAGAUUCACAAUUAAUGGAAGCAGCUGUUCAAACCAUGGGCUGAGACAGAGAUGGUCCUAGAUACAUCUAUCCCAGAUACAUAAAUUGUCACUUUCACACUUAAAUUUAGAGAAGGCUCUUUUUACUCACCUGACCAUCCCCCACCAGGGAAUUUUUCAGGCCUCACAAAGAAGUGAGGCCAGACAGGAGGAUGCAUCUAGACCUGUGUCACUCCUUAAAAGGAAUGAAGUAGAGGAACCUAGGCAUAGGGAAGCAAGGAAAGGGAAGAGGAAGGAGAACAUCUACAAUGUGACCUGAAGGUCUAGGAAGACCCUAGGUCAGAAAUCCCCCUUCUUUUGCUUACUGUGGUACCCUGAUCCCAUCUGUACUUCUUGAGGCAUCUCAGCAUCCUCCUCUUAUGGUCAGAAAGGAACCAAGCAGGGAUUCAAGUAGGUAAUUGAUUCUUUGAGACAGACCAGACAAGCCUCUUCCAUUCCCCCUUUCCCUUUUCUAGAUUCCCACAAACACUUCUUGGUCUUUACUCUAUCCCAGUUUCCAGGUACAAAGAUAAUAGGCAAAGUCUCUGCCCUCAAAGAGCUUGCAGUAUCUUGGUGGAAGGAAUAUAGAGGCAGCUAGAAUGAUUUUACCAUAAUGGGGUUAAGUUAGGAAAGAGAUCUGCACAAACAGAAGGGAGUACAUUUAAGUCAGGGAAGGCUUUCUAGCUUAAAAGACCCCUGGCCUCAGGAAAAAGUAAGACUUACCUAGGUAUGAGCAGUGCAGAACAAGAGGCACUACUCCAAACUCUUGGCUCUAGCUGUGCCAGUUCCUCCCUGUCACCCUUCUGCUUACCCAGGCCUGAAUUUCAGUCAGUCUCCAGCCAGGCAGCCACCUCAUAUGUCACACUUCACUCCUGGCAGCCACAUUCUGUAUUCUAGAACAGCAGUGCCUAUUGUAAAUAUUAAAUUUUCUAGUAGACUAAGAAGUAAAAUGAAACAAGUGAAAUUAUUUUAAUAUUUUAUUUACCCUAAUGUAUUAAAAAUAUUUCAAAUUAAUAUAAAACA